AUGUCUGAACGGUUUGCGUUUAGAAACCCUGAAAAAAGAUUUUUAAGGUUUCAGUCAAAUUAUCGCCGACACGUGAUAAUCGCCGCACGUUUGAUGUGUUAUAAAACCAGCUUAACUAUCGCAGACUUGAUCGUUCUUUUCAUUUAUGCACCGACACAAAUCAUUUGGAUCAGUACAUAUUACGUAUCAAUUUUGCAGUGGUACGGUGGCGACGUUUUAUGCCGAGCGACAAAAUUCAUAAACACAUUCUCGCUUCAUUUAACUGCAAAUAUGCAAGUCUUAAUUGCUGCCGACCGUCUCUACAUCACGGCUCAUCUGCGCAAAGUUCAUCAGCGAUCGAGGUGUUCAGCCAAUCAGUUGGUGUUCGCGGCAUGGGUAUUGGCGAUUGCAUGCGCGUUGCCGCAACUCGUCGUUUUUCAUGCAUCCAACGAUACACCUAACGGAGAACCACAAUGCGUUUCCAUAUGGACCAUAAUGCGGUAUCAUCGACAUAUAGCGCAUAGCGGUGGUUCAUACGACGAUGAGUCCGAACUGAAUUCCACGAACCACUCCAUUUAUAAGAUCGCUAGAUCGACGUUGGAUAAUGGAUACAAUGAAACGGAAAACGAUUAUGAUAAUAUACUCUCUUCACUUGAACACGGUGUACUUGCUAAUUACUGCCCUAAAAGUUUAAGGUAUCCACACUCAAUGACAUUAACGCUACCGAGUUAUUGCGCUGAUACCAUACCGAAUGGUGAAAAUCGAAAUGUGAUCGAGAAGAGCGAUAAUGUAGCUGAGGUCACUGGACACUCGAGAAAGUUCGGCGUUGGACUGCCAGCAGUCAGCCAGAGAAACGAAAUGUCCGACGCGAAAAACCGACUUUUCAAUAUCUCAUCAAGUAGAGCAGGAAGCUUAGUGCCGCUAUCGUUGAGAGAUCUUCAAGUGUCGAAAAUCGUAAGACGGCAUUUCGGGUCGCUGCCUGCGGAUUGCUCUGCGAGCAACUCGUUUGAGAACUGCAGCGGUGAUGACCCGACCAAACACGCUCCGUUGAUGACUGCUUCGUCGCAACUGUCCAGCGACGAACUGCAAAUGUAUCGGAAGCAACUGAUGAAUGCAUUUCGAAACGGUCAUCGCAAAUCUGCAUGGCAAAUAACCAUGUCAAUUGCAAGACGACGCACUCGUAUGAAGGCAUUCUUGAUGUUGACACUUAAUAUGAUCUUCUGGACACCGUAUUGUGUUCUUGGCAUUCUGAGCACUUUGACGGUUUUCGAUCACACUGCUUAUGAUUUUGUGAAUGCAUUCGUUGUUCUCAAUGCCGUUUCGAAUUUAUUGCUGUGA